AUGGUGUUUCUUUCAAAGGUCUUCAAGAGCAGGGAUGCAAAGCCGAGCGCAAAGCACAAAGUACAACAAGUGGACUCGAGCCAAGGGCACAUGCCUUUAGCAAAGCCUAGAUUCGUUUCUACGUGGACCAGCAAACAAAUCGAUCCGGAGGACGUUGACGAGCUCAUUCAAGUGUGCACGCUGAUACUCAAGUCAAGAGCCGAGGCAUUGGACACACCCUUCUUACUCUUGCCGUUUAGACCAGAAACCGAUACCGUACCAGCAAAGACAUUCAUCAACAAUUUCUACAAGGGCAAUCGUGAAGGGAACAAAAACUACACUGGCUCGAGCCUUCGCCGGGAACUUAUUCUGACCGACCCAGCUAUUUUGUGCAGUAUUCUCAAAUGGUGCUGGAGCCGCAUGCCUGGUGGUGUGGUGACCUGGCCAGUCUAUCAUGGCUUCUCGUUGGGUGAACGCGAUUCGAACAUGGCAAGAAAUGCCUUCCAUACUUUCAUUCCUAUGAGUGUCGAUUCGAAUGCCAGGAAGAACAUCAUCUACAACUUCUUCGACCUCUUGACCGCUAUCGCCGCUCAUGGCAAGACCAAUGGAUUUGGAGGCAGAAAAUUAUCGCGUAUGGCAGGUUGGUGGGCAUUCGAACACUCAGACAAUGGAAAGGGCUUUGAAGGCGGCUACAAAUCAUGGAUUACAUCUGCGGAUGCUUCUAGUCAUCUGUUCUUUGGCUACCUCAGAUCUCUGAACCCCGAAGCUCUGGAUGGAUUUACAGGAAUCAACGGUCUACCACGUUCUAUCCAGGCACUACUGGCGCAAACUGAGUAUCCUCCGGAAGCGCCUGUACUCAUGCAAAAACAGACGCCCAAAGUUGUCAUGCUUGUGGAUGUCGUUUCUCCUGGUCCUUUUGCUCUACUUCGCAGAGCUAACAACUUUGAGUAUCGAGAUGAAGAUCUGCAGAUAUUCUCCGAAUACGCUGAUCCUGUUCAAGCAUUGACUGAAGAAUGCAAACGCGUUCUCCACUGCAUCACUUCAGCAAAUCAGUCCAUCGCUGUGCGAUCUCAGAGCAAUAUGAGUCUUGGUCUAGAGUCUCUUAACAGUAGAACAGACGAAUCUUGGUCACACUUUCAAGACUUUGGAUUUUCGUCACUCGGCGACGACUCUAAUGAUCUGACGGGUGCUGCAUCUCGGUCAAGCCUGGAACCGAAGAUAUCAGGACUAAGGUCAUCUCCACAGUCCCGUGCGAAUGAUGGCGGCCGUCCGACGACACCUUCUUGGGCUGACUUCUUGAAUUCUGGAUUCGUCGACGAAGGCAACAACGUAAAAUCAGCUCCAAUCAGGAUGUUGAUGCCACCAGACAAGAUGCUUCCUCCGAUCAGCAGCGGACCUCCAAGGUCAUCCAAUGGCUAUCAAGAAGAGGAUGUCAAUCCCGGCGAACUAGCUAGCAUCACAAAGUUCGAUCUCGAUGACUGCUUCUGGUGGGUCUGGAUGACAAGUCUUGCCAGCGAAGAACCACCUGCAAGAAAAGCCGUCUUCGGUAGAUGCGCCCUCAUUGAGACUGGCAUACUCCACGGCCGCUGGAUCUUGCUGGAAGAACAGAUCAAGAGCGCUGCUCCUGAACCGGGUGAAGGUGCUUAUAUCGCUGAGAAGAAAUCGCGCUUUGGUUUCAGCCGCAGGGGAAAGCAAAACCGUAGGAAAUCAGCGACUAUACCACCAACCAGAUACGAUAGCCCUCAAGAAAAGCAGCAAGCUGCACCGACGACGCCAACCACGACCAGCAUCUCCCCAGACCAGCAGGCAAGAAUCAGGGCUGCGGCAGCUAAUCUUGCUCGACAGAACGUCAAAGCUGAAGAAACAUCGAAUGGACAGCGACGCGGACGCCAAGAUGAUGCUUCCUCGAUGAAGACUAACAGCGUGUUGACACUGGGUCUAACAAGUGAGGCGGCGCCAGCUAUGAAGUGGGCCCACACGUUCGACAAAGAAGUAAUGCGCAAGCAAUAUCUGGGCGAUAACUUCGCUGGCAAAGGAACACCUGUAGAUAUACAUGUUCCUGAUAAUGCUGCCAUGCUCACCGAGGCACAAGGCACCAACAAGCCUUUGCCUUCUCCUGACACCCGAAAAGAAUCACUUCACGUACCGGCUGUACCCUCCGUACCCAAGGUUACUCAGGUGGGAAGGAAACCAGUCCCGGAGCGUACCAACAACGUUCAAAACCAUCCGGCAUUCAGACCCUCUAUGGAAGGAAACAGGCCCGCUAAUUCGGAGACCUCGGCUGUCAAGGCUGCAAGAGAAGCUUGGGAAGCGAAGGCGGCUACCUUCCGCCCGGAUAAGCUGGCCCACGAGCAGAACAAACGUCCUAAUGGUUUCAAGCGAAUGUUCAGCAAAAGCGGCCACAAAAGCGAUGAUGGUAAGCGCGAGUUCAAUGGUCAGCAGCCAUCAGCUUCAACGACUAGCCUGGCACCCCCUUCUGAAAUGAAUCUCGGAAGGAAACUAUCUCUACUGCGUAAGAAAUCGACUACUCCCACUCCUCCAGCUCAGCCUGCAGUGCCGGUGACCGCUGAGCCACUGUUCCCACGCCGUAAGGUGGUGAAUAAUCUGGCAGCGUCUACCUCGGAACCAAGUCCCCCAGCAGUCAGCCCAUUAGAGCCGAGUUUCUCUCAGCAACACCUUGCAGCUGAUGAUCAAAUGGUGUCUCCUAUGCACUCCGAGCACAGAAGCAAUGGUGAUGAAGACCAACAGCGUUUUGAUCAGGGGCCGCUCUUGGAUGCUCCUGCUUGGACGCCUCGCGAGUCGAUCGAUUCACAUCUGCAAGCGCAAGCAGAAGCUGCUCAUAAAGCAGACUUGGAGGCGGGACAUCUAGAUGCGCCUGGUGGAUUCCCCGAGACUCCUAUGGAAACUCCGAUGGAACAGAACAUCAAUGGUCAACCUGAAAAUGAACCAACAUACGAGACUACCCAGCCGGUCGCGAACAACCUCGAUAGGUGGGCACAAAUCCGAAAGAAUGCUGCCGAGCGAGCGGCCAGAAUCAGUGAAGACCAGAUAUCUCGCCGCCCAUCUCACAUUACUUCUGGUACCGAGGAUGAAGGCGACACUAGCGGCGAAGAGACCAUCGAGGAUCGAGUCGCCCGCAUCAAAGCUCGCGUUGCUCAUCUCACUGGCAACAUCGAACGAGCACCCACAAGCAUGCCUCGUUACUAA